CCUCGUGGUCAGGGAAGGUUUUCAUUCAAACGUGGAUGGUAGUUUUAUUCAGACUGUUGAUAGUAUUGACUGUAUUUGCAUUUUCUUAAUUUAGUCUUUACAAUAUAAUUUAUAAUACAGUUACAUUUCGAUAAUUAGACGUAUAACCUUUGCAAACAGGCCAGAACACUGUCAUUCAGGCGAAGCGUUUCUACUUCCGCUCUGCACUAGAGUCCUUCCUGGUUGCAGUCGCUUGAACAAACCAAACUAGGCAGACCUCAGGAAAAAAAAUCAAGUUUUGCUUAAUGAAGUCCCAAACUCAUAAAGUAUAAGGGAAGUGAUUGUUGUUGCGCUGUUAAACACGGAGGAGCAGACUAUUGCAGAGGAGGCGAUCGGCCGAGUCAGCUAUGUGUGAUCUUGUGCGAUGCAAAAAAUCAUUCUGAACCAUUGAGUGAGUGCAUGCAGCCCAAAAUGCCCGACUGCUGUGCCGCAGCGAAUUGUAACCAGAAAUCAGAUCAGUCAGAUAUUGUCUUCUUUAGUUUUCCUCUGGAUCCUGAACGAUGUAAACGAUGGCUGAAUAACUGUCACAGAUCAGAUCUUGGGACCAAAACCCCUCAACAGUUGCACCAGAGUUACAAGCUAUGUGCAAAACACUUUGAUAGUUCCCUGUUGAGUCAGACGGGUGAUUCCAAGGCAGUUUUGAAGGAUGGGGCAAUUCCGACUAUAUUUGACAUCAAAAGUAAACAGGAACCGCAGACCUACAGGAGGAAACGUCCAGGAGAACCUAUUCCAGGAGAGCCUGAUGCUGUGAAGAAAUGUAAAGAUGGUCACCUAGAAGAGCUGAAUGUGGAUGUCAAGAGUGAGUCUGGAGAGAACAGCGGCUCUUGUGACCCACUGCAGGAUGACAUGGGUGCAAAGGAUGACCCCCACUCAAAGGGCAAAGAAAUCCUCAAGCUCCACUUCAAGGAGACACUGGCUCUCAUUGGCUUCAGCAUUGGGAACAGCCCCUCCCUCAGUGCAGGAGGUCCACUGGGUGGCCAGGGCAGCCAGCUGGAGCCCAACCGCCUGUGCGACGAGAGGGUCGACAAGAAAGAGGUGAUGAAGUUCGGCGAGGACCUCAUGCGUCAGGAGAUUCAGAUCAGCCUGCGGCACUCCCGCUUCUUCUCCGUCCUCCUGCAAGACGUUGCCGUCAUCGAAGGGAAGGAGCAAAUCCCCAUGUUCGUCCGCACCGUCACCGACGCCGGCUUCCCUCAGAAGCACCUCAUAGGAUUUUUACCGUGCGACGUGGACUGCGAGAGUCUGUUCUUCAUGCUUCUGUCGGAGAUCCGGAACAAGUGGGGCUUGAGGAUGGAGCACUGUCGCGGGCUCACGUACCUCACCACAGGUGCCAUUUGUCAGAAGAUGAAGGAACUGUCGAGCAGAAUAUUGAGGGACUUCCCGCAGGUUGUGCUGGCACCGAGUGACCCCUAUGCCUUUAACAUGUGGCUGAUCCGUUCUAUGCCCAUGCUCUCGAUCCAGAAUGCGAUGACCACCGUCGAGGAGGUGGCAACCCUGCUGAGGCAGGUGCCGACUUUGGCGAGCGAACUGGAGUGGCAGAUCUCCGUGUCCUACGGCCACAUGAAAGGCGAGGUCGAGCGGAUCAAAGACUCUUGUCAGGGACACUGGGAAUAUGGCAUCAAUGCAUUCCAGACCAUGCUGGACAUCCUGGAGCCGCUCUUGGUCUCCAUGGGAGGAGUGAAAAUGAGCAGUGAAUUGGAAUCAAAGCCCGACACCGCCGAGCAGGUGGCAAGGCUGAAGCAGACGCUGAAGAAUUUCAACCUCAUCAUAACACUGGUGGUGCUGAAGAACACCCUUUGCUGUGUGAGCAUCCUCAACCCAAGUCUCAGGGGAACGAUCAGCAUCAGCAGCACGUUGCAGUAUACCAUCUCCAAUGCCUUGAAGCUACUCAACAAGUACUUGGGGGAGAUCAACAUACACCACAGAAAGUGGUUUUCUGAUGCAGUGGGCCGAGCAAAGAAGUUGGGCGUAACGGUCAUUCCACCAGAGGACGCAGCAGAGAAAUUGCAGAAUGCACCCGAGUCCCAGGCAGCCCUUGAGGAUUACUACAGAGAGUCGCUAUGCAGGAAGGUUUUGCUCUACCUCGUCGAGGAGGUCAAACGGGUCUUCAGCACGGAGAUGGUGAGAAUCUUGCGCUGGUUGUCACUGGUUCCGUCCUACAUGGCAGACCACAACUUCAGCAUCCGCCGAGACAAAGUGGCCGACGCCAACCUGAACAACCUCUCGCGGCCGGACACCUUCUACGACGAGCUGGGCUGCUGGGAGGUGAAGUGGAGGCACGCCAGCAAGCGAAGGAUCCUGCCCACCACGGUGUUUGCCACGCUCAAAAUACCAGAUAUUGGGUUCUACCCGAACGUUCAGAGCCUGCUGAGGGUUCUGGGCACGAUCCCGUGUGUGAACGCAGAGGCUGAUGUGUAUGGGCAGUAUGACAUGGUUCUGGACCGGUACCAGACUUACAUGAGGGAAACCCCCGUGGAUCAGAGACUGUGCAAUGGGGCAUUUGUCUAUGUCAAUCAAGAUGUGCACAUGAACAUGGAGGCUAUGGUCGAGUCAUAUGUUGAAAAACACCCUGACAUGUUACAGGUGUUGGAGAUGGACAAUGAAGUAAUGGAGACUCAACCAUCAGCACCUGAGAAUGAUGAAAAUGGUGAUGGAGAAGAGACUCAAAUGGUGUUAUCAACCGUGGACACGGAAAGACACAGACAGAAAGAUUGUCCUGAAACCAACAAAGAAGCUCUCAAAUCAGCCUUACAGUCAGCAGUAACUGCAGCCUACAGCAGCCAGAAUAAGAAGUCCAAGGGGGCUACUGAGGAAACGGAGGCAGGGACGGAGUACGUGUCCAAGUCCGAGAUGAAGGAAGUCCUCCGGGUGUGCGAGGAUGCAGUGAGGGAGGGAAUUCUGUCUGAAGUUGGGACCUCCUUCUUCUCCCUCUUCAUCGACCGCGUCAUCCGAAUGGGAGAGGUGGACUAUCUUCCCCUGUUCCUCAGGUUUGUCGACAACUUUGACGUCAUGCGGCUGGAGCUGAUGGGCUUUGUGGAGACGGAUAUUGACUGCGAGGCCAUGUCCGAGCGGCUCUUCAAUCUGGUGACCAGCGAAUGGCGCCUGGACCUGAACUACUGUAGAGGGCAGGCUUACUUAGGCUCAGGCGAGGUCUCGUAUAAACUCAAAGCUUUUGCCUGCAAAGUCCAGGAAAAGCACCCUCUUGCAAUAUGCACUUACAGCUCCUGCUACUCCUUCAACACGUGGUGGUCAAGAACAGUUCCCGUUCCCUCAAUUACAAGGGCGCUCGAUGUUCUGGAAGAGGCCAUGUUGUUUUUUGGCAGUACCCCUGCGCUAGAGAAACAGUUAGACCAGGUCAUAGGGAUCGGCCUCCGGGAGAGCUUUGAGAAGAUCCACGAGCUUCAAGGCAAAUUCUGCUCGGUUUGGUUGGAGAAGCAUGACAGCUGCGAGGUCUUUGUGCAGAUGCUGGAGCCGUUGGUGGAGUGUCUUGAAAGGAUCCACCACAACAAACCUCAGCGGUGGAAGGAUGCAGAGUCCAGCAAAGCUGGUCUUCUGCUUCGUCUCAUUCAGGACUUUGAUUUCAUCUUUCCCAUGGUGGCCAUCAAGAAUGCAUCCUCCUUCACCAGGGAGCUAAGCGCGGGGUUGCAAAAGGACCACUUCAGCGCUGCUUCACAACUUUGUCAGAUCACUGGCAUUGUGGCCACCCUGAACAGGGUGAAGACCAACAUCAAAGUUUUCCAUCAGAAUUGGUUUGAGGAAGCCUGUGCCAUCGCGCAGAGCCUGAGAGUGCAGAUUAAAUUACCUGAGGGUGCAGCUGCAACCAAGGACGGCAUGGUCAAGCCUGCAGCAUACUACAAAGAAACGCUCAGCAUGCCCCUGGUCGACAACCUCAUCAAUGCUGUGAAGGACCAUUUUUCUGAUGACCACAAGGAGGCGCUGAACUUCCUGUCACUUGUUCCAUGCUCAGUAACUGUGAGCUACAUGUUUGAGAUCCUCAAGUCAAAGCCUCCUCUUUACGUCAACGACCUGCCCGACCCAGACAACUUUUCCACUGAACUCAGCUGCUGGAGGGUGAAGUGGAAGACCAAAAUGGUGUCUGUCACCAUCCCAGAUACUAUAUUUCAAACAUUACGACUGCCUGUCAUGCAGUACUUUGCAAACAUUGCUACACUUCUGAGGAUCAUGUGUGUCUUGCCUAGCACAGCGUUGGAGUUUUGUGGUGAGACGACACGUCACAAGAUGUACCAGGACUACCUGAAAAACACUCUGAGUAAGGAUAGGACUCCAUGUUUAGCCCUUUUGCAGGUUGGGACCAACUUCAGCAGGGAUCUGGACAGGAUGGUCACACAGUGCUUGAAGGUUACACCCAAGACCUUGGAGGGCAUUUGCCUUGAUAAAGAAUCUAAAAGUAUAAUGAAGAACCCUGAGAUAAAUACUGAAGUGGAGUACAACAUGGAGGAAGGAGAGGAGUUUGACCCUUGCGUUACCACAAACGUAAAGGAAGAGCAGGUGCUGCAGGCCGCCGAUACCAACGGUCACUCCGGAGACAAUCGGAUGAGCGCACAGAGACUCUUUCGACAGGCGGCACGCCUGGCAAGGAGGGGCAGGUUGCUCUCGAGCCUCCCCAGGGAUGAUCAGGACGCUCUGACUGAAGAGCUAAGUUUGUGCCACUGGUCGCAGGCAGACGACGAAGGCUCCAGCAUAACCGACCAGGAAUUCCUCGAAGGCGUCAUCAAGUCCAUCCGCGAAGCCAUUCUUGAAGAAGUACUGGAGUCCCCUUUUUUCUCCGUUAUCAUUGAUAAGGUGGUCACGGUUGCCGUUAAGAGGUACUUGCCGGUGUUUGUGCGGUAUGUUCAUGACUACUCACCAAAGGUAGAACUUUUGGGUUUUCUUCCCUUGAGUGACAGCUGUCAGGGAGAUUCUCAGGCCAAGACCCUUUCACAGACCCUCACUGAUGACUGGGGACUGCAAAUGAGCUACUGCCGUGGCCAAGCAUACAUGCGAUCAGGCCCAGAGAGUCAAAGCCUCAGGAAAUUGUCUUUGGACUUUCUGGAGAGUUACCCUCUUGCUGUAGUCACACCCAGUGAGUCAUGUGGACUGGCCCAUUGGCUGGCAGGAAGUCUGCAGUGUGACCACAUGUCUACUCUCCUUGACAUUGCUGACGACCUGCUGCAGUUUUUUGACCAGUCACCCACACUGGAGAGCAAGCUUGCCGAGACGGUCGACGGCCUGAUGAACACUGCACGCGAGGCCUUCGAAGAGAGCCCUGAAACCUGCUGCUCCAGGUGGAGGAAGAGGGAGGACUUCUUUGACGCCUUGGUGGACACGUUGGAGGGAGUUCUGAGUUGUCUCGAUUCCGUGAGCACCAACAGCGAGGGUGUUUGGAGCAGCAGCAUGGCGCUCCACGCUGGCAUCCUCUCCAUGGCCGUUCGGGGGACUGAAUUUGUGGUCACGUUGGUGAUUCUCAAGAACGCUUGCGCCCCCCUGAAGAACUGUAGCACUGUGUUCCGCUGUGGAAACCCUGCUGACAUUGUCUGUGAGCUGGAGAAGAUCCCGCUCAUCACGGAGACCCUCAGCAACAUGCUUGAAAAUAUCGAUGUUCUGCACUCAAUGUGGUUUGAACAAGCCAUGCAGCUCGUUGCGAAAGUUUCCGGUUUGGUCGUUUUCCCUGAGGCUGCUGGUCUGGCUGAGUCCCCUGAGGUUUACUACCGAGAGACCAUCACCCUCCCAGUUCUUAAAGGCCUGAUUGAGGAAAUGAAGUACAACUUUUCUGAUGGCCACCUGAAAGCCCUGAGGGUGCUUUCUCUGCUUCCCACUUGUUGCCCACCGCCAGUGGUGCCGGAGGCGCCCGAUCAGAUCCACCUCACCUUCCAAGAUGAGCUUCCGGAACCAGACAUGGCCGAGGACGAUCUCAACGCCUGGGCCACGGUGUGGAGGGAGAAAUACCAGGACAUCUCCCCGCCGGCCUCCAUCUCGGAGACGCUGCUUCACCCCGAAUCCAAGAGCCACCCUAACGUGACCACACUGCUGAAGAUGGUGGCCGCCCUGCCGAGCGUCAGCAUGGAGUGUGACCUGAUGAAGAGCUCUCUGAACUCCUUAAAAGGGCUGCUCAAGAACACUGUGUGUAGGGGCAGCCGGACCGACACGGUGAUGCUGCUCACUCAUCAGCCUGUGUUUCACCUGCUGGAGAAAAUCAUUGACAAGUGCAUUGAUAGUGAACCAGAGAGCCAGUCGUUUCUUACAAAGGUGAAGCAGAGAAUGGACCGUUUUAAACUGAAAAGUGAACGGACUCCAGUGGAAACCAAUGGCUCUUGCAAACUAGAAGGGGACAAUGAUGAACUCCAAGUGAAAAUGGAAGACGACCAUCCUGCUAUCAAGGUGGAAGCAUCCUCUGAGAAUAGUGUUGUGCCGAGACCAGUCUCGUCCUUCUACAGCCCCUCUGUUCGAGAGGAAAUCCUCAAAGAGCUUUGGCAUUCGCAGUUCUUUACAGUCAUCAUUGAACAGGAUGUGGAAAUCGAUUCUGAGACGCACGUUCCCAUCUGCAUCAGGUAUUUGGACGGACAGGACACUCAGUGCGAGGAGACUCUAGCGUUCCUUCCACUCAGUAGCGACCUCAAAGCUUUCGCAGAUUCCCUGGAGGCAGUUCUGUCAGAAAAGUGGGGCCUAAACAUGGCGUUCUGCCGUGGUCUCUCCCUGCUGGGCGUCGGUACCGUGGGGGCACAGAUGAAAUUGGCGCUGGCCUUAUUAACCGAGAGGUACCCUCAGGUGAUCUGCACCCUCAGCUCCGUCGUGUCCCUCAAUGUGUGGUUGGCGCGGUCGUCUCCCGCGGCGGUCGCGGGCUGUCGAGGGCACCUGCUGGAGGAGCUGCUGCAGUGGUUCACCGUGGACGUCCAGCGGCAGGCGCGGCUGGACGACACCAUCAUGUGUCUGUUUGCGGAGGACGAGGCCAAGGGCAACGAGCUGAGGGAUAAGCUAAACUGCAAACACUGGGAGCGCAGUCACGACACGCUGGACUUGGUGGUGGACCUCCUGGAGGCGAUCACCCUCUGUCUCGGGGAAAUGAGGCAUGAGAUGAGCGGACCGGAGAGAAGAGACGUGCUGCGCUUUUACGACGCGCUCCAAGAUUUCCAGACCAUAUUCACAGUGGUGGCCUUGAAGUACGUCUUGAGCAUCACCAAAACCCUAAGCGAGGGCCUGCAAGGAAAGCCUUUGGACAUGUUGCACGCUGUAAACGACCUUCCUGUCCUGCCCGUCACACUCGGUGAAGUGAAGACAAACUUGGACUCUCACCAUCAGACUUGGUUCACAGAGGCAGUAGCAUUAGCCUCCAAGCUACAGGUCCACUUGCUCCAUCCAGCACUGCUGGAACCUUUGAGUGAGCAUUACAGAGAGACCAUUAGCCGGGUGGCCGUGGAUCACGCCAUCGCUGAAGUCACUGAGCUUUUUCCGGAGCGCGUCGUAGACGCCGUGCGCUGCCUGCAGGUCGUGCCUUACGUCAUGUCCAGAACGGAGAACAACUGUGUAGACGUGGGCCUGGUCAGCAUGUUCAAGGAGGACCUCCCCGACUUGGCCUCGUUCCCCUCCGAGGCACAGAAGUGGAAGGCCAAGUGGACGAACUCGAUGGGAGCUCACUUGUACCUGCCCAGCACUGCGCUGGACACCCUGAAGGUGUCAGACAUAAGGUCCUUCAGCAACGUGGAGAGUCUCCUUCGGAUCCUAGUGGUCUUGCCGUUCUCGAGGAGAGAGAGCACGUUCAGGCAGGGCAGGAGAGCUCUGCAGGAGUUCGCGCAGCAGCCUCAGAGAAUGCUCUCCGAGCUGCAUCCGUUGUAAAGGAAAGGGGCUCCACAUCUGACCCCCCACGACUAUGCUAUGACUCCAUUUGUUUUUGUACUGCUGAGUUUGAAACCUAUACCCACUGUACCCCCACUAUUAUAUUGUAGAUCUAAAAUGCCGUAGGUAUGUUUUCUUAAAAAAAAAUACAAAAAAAAUAGAAAAUUCAGAAGAGCUGUAUACUUAAAAAUGUAAUUAAUUUCUUUUCUGUGUUUGAGUUUACCAGUCUUUUCUGGCUCUUUCUUUUUCUCAGUUUUAUGUUGAUGCUGUCAAUUUGAAAUUUCCAUCUAUCUAAGCGGACUGCCUUUUGGGACCAACGUCUUGCCAAAAAGAGAAUAAUAUUAACAAUAAGUUCCCCUCUGAGGACUAAUCGCUUGUGUGCCUUCAUAUGAAAGCCUACCCCUAGCUCGUGAACGCGGAGGGACGGGGUGUCUGGAAUGACGGACUGUUCCAUCAGGCUUCAUUGCGGGAAGUUUCGUAGUAUCUUCAGGAACUUUAAAGAACUUCGGUUGCAUCACUUCCUGAGUGAAAUUUUAUUGAAGUCAUUACACUCACAUACAUCACUGGCCAACUGCAGAGUCAUUUCACAAAGCUGUAUGAAGCUCUCUUGGCACAAAUUUGAAAUGCUUAGUAUGAUUUAUUUGUCUUUUUUUUUUUUUUUUAGAUCAAAGUUUUAUUGCGAGAUGUUGAUCUUUAUUGUCACACAUUGGUGGAUGCUGGAAGUCAAAAUAAAAGCUAAAAACAAUGUAUAGGUGAACUUGCAACAUCUUAAAAAGAUGAAAUUGAUUUAGUUAUGUAACUUUUGUUCCAUCUGAAAUAUUUUGUGUAAUUUUUAAAUGUGAGUCUUUAUUUUCUUGGAAUGCCGUUUCUUAGAGUGUCAUCAUGAAAUUUACCUUUUCAAACUGAUUAAGGCUGAGAACUAAAGAAUAACAAUAAUCACAGUGCCAAAUCAUUGAACAGAAAUGAGCACAUUAGCGUAAAUUAGCAGCUGAAUUAUGAAUGAAGUGAUUGGUACAGCCAGCACUGUUUUGUUUGGUUUGAUGUACGCAUGAAUUGUUUCACAGUUUAAUUUUGUGUUCAUUUUGAUUUUUAUUGUUUUGGCUCACGGCAUCCAUCAUAUUAGGCCCCUCCCAAAACAAAACACAUUCACAUAUAUACAUACAUAUAUAUAUAUUUGUCAAAAUAAAAUUAUUCAAACCAA